UAAUAAUGCAUUUAAAAGCUUUGUCCUUGCUCUAUAUGUUUGUCGGGACAAACGCCGCAGCCAGCGAUGGGCAUUUAUGGGUCCCUAGGGGUACGAGGGGCUUUGAAAGCCUAUGCCCCGCAUCCGCCGAUCCGCGCAUUGGUACCUGGAAUAAUGGCAAUAUGAGUGAGAGCUCGCUGUUCAAACACGUUAGCCUGGAACAGGCGAUUCUACUAGCGGGUGAAACAGUGCUCACUAGAAGUUUGCAUAAAGCUUACAGUCAGGAGCUCGCCAACUAUAGAAAAUCGUGGUCAAUGUCCCAGCACGUUCAUUAUAUAAUGUUUCGGGUAGAGCAAUCCGAUCAGCAGGUUCUGGCAAAGCUUUCAGCACUUCAAACCGCGGUUUUACCAAAUCCAGGACAGAAGAAACGGAAUAAAUUACAGGUGUUGUCAGAAUUGAAGCUCGUAACCGAUAUAGCCAAAAAAGCCGCAGAACGUGAUCGGACCUUGAGUCUUUUAAAGCCCUACCUACACGAAGGUCCACUUCGAAUUGCAAGCAGGUUCAUCAGUUACCACUGGGAUAAUGUUGCAGUUUAUUUGUACAAUUUCUAUUAGAUUGAGGUAAACGAAGCUCGACAAAUUGAAACGUAUUAUGUAUUCAAGUUAUUUUGUGCUUACC